AUGUGGCACGCACUCUCAAAUAGCUUGUAUAAUAAAGUGACCAUUGAGGGGACGAAGAAGCUGGCGUUCACCUUUCAAAGCAAGGAGAAUGUCCAGGUGGACUCUGCAUUCCUGUCCUGCGUAACUUUGAGAUGCUUCACGUUUCUGGAGAACCCCUCACCUGAGGCCUGGAUCGGGCCUGAACAUCAACAGGUACUGGAACACCUGAAGCUGGUCGAUUUCACCGUACUGAAUGGUCACAAGCCUCCAAAGUCUGUUUGCCGGGAUGCAUGUCCUGCGGGAAGUCGCAAGGCCGUUAAUAAACAAGCGCCCGUGUGCUGCUUUGAUUGCUUUAAAUGCCCAGAGGGAGGCAUAAGUAAUGAAACAGAAUGCUUUUUGUGCACUGCUGAAUUUUGGCCUAAUGAGAAAAAGGACAAGUGCAUUCCAAAACCGACUGAAUUCCUUUCCUUCACAGAAAUCAUGGGGAUUGUAUUAACUGCGUUUUGUUGCUUUGGUGUAUUUUUGUCGAUUUUGAUAUUCAUAAUCUUCUUAGUUCAUAAAGAAACACCUAUUGUCAGGGCCAACAACUCUGAGCUGAGUUUCCUGCUGCUUCUCUCUUUAAAACUGUGUUUCCUGUGUUCUCUGACCUUCAUCGGCCGUCCCUCAGACUGGUCCUGUAUGCUUCGCCACACAGCUUUUGGGAUCACCUUUGUCCUCUGUAUCUCUUGUGUUCUGGGGAAAACUAUAGUGGUGCUAAUGGCCUUCAGGGCUACAUUACCCGGUAGUAUUGUUAUGAAAUGGUUUGGUCCAACUCAGCAGAGACUCAGCGUAUUGGCUUUCACUCUCAUACAGGUUGUAAUUUGUAUUCUUUGGUUAACAAUUAAUCCUCCAUUUCCAAACAGAAAUGUUCAGUCCUUUAAAGAUAAAGUAGUUCUAGAAUGUGCCUUAGGAUCCUCUAUAGGGUUCUGGGCUGUGUUGGGGUAUAUAGGGCUCCUAGCGUUGUUAUGUUUCAUACUGGCUUUUCUGGCCAGAAAGCUUCCAGAUAGUUUCAAUGAGGCGAAGUUCAUCACCUUCAGCAUGGUGAUAUUCUGUGCUGUUUGGAUCGCCUUUAUCCCUGCUUACGUCAGUUCUCCUGGGAAGUUUACUGUAGCUGUGGAGAUAUUUGCAAUUCUGGCUUCCACGUUUGGCUUGUUAACAUGCAUUUUUGUACCAAAAUGCUACGUUAUAAUUUUCAAGCCAGAGCAAAAUUCUAAAAAGCAUAUCAAGAGUAAAAUGCAAAGCAAAGAAAUCUAA